GCACGGGCUGGGGGGGCGGGGAGGGCCGAGCCGGUCACCGCCCCCGGCCCCUCCCCGGCCCCGCCCCGCGCCGCUCCGACCGCGGGCGGCCAGGGGGCAGGCGCGCCGGCUGCAUCCCCAUCCUCGGCGGCGGCCGGCACUGCGCGCGGGCGAGCGGCGCGGGCGGAGCGCCAGGCCAGCCAUGGCCACCACCAGCACCACGGGCUCCACCCUGCUGCAGCCCCUCAGCAACGCCGUGCAGCUGCCCAUCGACCAGGUCAACUUUGUAGUGUGCCAACUCUUUGCCUUGCUAGCAGCCGUUUGGUUUCGAACUUACCUACGUGCAAGCAAAACUAGCUCUUUUAUAAGACAUGUUGUUGCUACCCUUUUGGGUCUUUAUCUUGCACUUUUUUGCUUUGGAUGGUAUGCCUUACAUUUUCUUGUACAAAGUGGAAUUUCCUACUGUAUCAUGAUCAUAAUAGGAGUGGAGAAUAUGCACAAAUAUUGUUUUGUGUUUGCUUUGGGAUACCUCACAGUGUGCCAAGUUACUAGAGUUUAUAUCUUUGAUUAUGGACAAUAUUCUGCUGAUUUUUCAGGUCCAAUGAUGAUAAUUACCCAGAAGAUUACUAGUUUGGCAUAUGAAAUUCAUGAUGGCAUGUUUCGGAAGGAUGAAGAACUAACUCCAUCACAGAGAGGUUUAGCUGUAAGGCGCAUGCCAAGUCUUCUGGAGUAUCUAAGUUACAACUGUAACUUCAUGGGCAUCCUGGCUGGACCACUGUGCUCUUACAAAGACUACAUUACAUUUAUUGAAGGCAGAUCAUACCACAUGGCACAACCAGGCGAAAAUGGAAAAGAAGAAGUACAGUAUGAAAAAACAGAGCCAUCUCCAAAUAUUGCUGUUGUUCAGAAGCUCUUGGUCUGUGGACUUUCCUUAUUAUUUCACUUGACCAUCUCUAAAACAUUACCUGUCGAGUACAACAUUGAUGAACAUUUUCAAGCUACAGCUUCAUGGCCAACGAAGAUUAUCUAUCUUUAUGUCUCUCUUUUGGCUGCCAGACCUAAAUACUAUUUUGCAUGGACAUUAGCGGAUGCUAUUAAUAAUGCUGCAGGCUUUGGUUUCAGAGGAUAUGACAAAAAUGGAGCAGCUCAUUGGGAUUUAAUUUCCAAUCUGAGGAUUCAGCAAAUAGAGAUGUCAACAAGUUUCAAGAUGUUUCUUGAUAAUUGGAAUAUUCAGACAGCUCUCUGGCUCAAAAGGGUAUGCUAUGAACGAGCCUCCUUGAGUCCAACUAUACAGACAUUUAUUCUCUCUGCCAUCUGGCAUGGAGUCUAUCCAGGAUAUUAUCUGACAUUUCUGACAGGAGUAGUAAUGACAUUAGCAGCUCGAGCGAUACGAAAUAACUUUAGACAUUAUUUCCUUGAACCUCCCCAACUUAAAUUAUUAUAUGAUGUUAUAACAUGGAUAAUAACUCAGAUAGCAAUAAGUUACACAGUUGUGCCAUUUGUCCUUCUUUCUAUAAAACCAUCAUUCAUGUUUUACAGUUCCUGGUAUUUCUGCCUUCACAUUGUUGGUAUUUUAGUAUUAUUAUUGUUGCCAGUGAAAAAAUCUCAAAGACAAAAGAAUAUACAUGAAAAUGAAAAUGUGCAGCUGUCACGAUCAAAAAAGUUCGAUGAAAGAGAAAAAUCUUUGGGACAAAAUAGUUUUUCUACAACAAACAAUGUUUUCAAUCAGAAUCAAGAAAGAUCCUCCAGACAUUCUCCUUUAACACAAUGAUGGAAAAACAAUUUGAUGGCUGUACUUUGUAUGUUAACAGGAACCAAUCUUAGCACCUUUUCAAGGGGUUUGUGUUUGUUUGAAAAGAAAGUGGGGGUGAAAUCAGACAGUUAUAGAUGGGGAAUUUCCUGUAUAUCUGGUAGGAAAUGGAAUGAAAUGAUCCUUCCCAAACCAUGUCCCUGUGGGCCAUGCCUUAUAUAAAAUAUCUCCAUUAAUUCAAUGGGCACUCAGGACCUCAACAUAUGUCCAUAGGGUCAUAUGUGUGCCCUGUUGUUGAAUGUAUGUAGCGUAUCCCAAGGCGCAGAAGAAGAGGAAAUGGAAAUGUAAUUGUGUCAAUCUGGAUGAUCGAGAGAUUAACUUUUCCAACUGAAUGUCUUGCCUUAAAUCUCCAAUUUCCUAAAAAUUGUUCUGAAAUGGUUUUUCAAGUGUAAAUUGUGAGAACACUAUUUCAAUUUUAGAUGUGUGUUAUAAAGGAAUUUUGGAGGAAUUUGAAAAGGCUCUUAUAAGAUUGUGGAUACUUUAAAAAUGCAAUAAAUAUCUCAGUAUUCGAAGGGGUUUCUCAAGGUAUCUAAGAUGACCAUAGUAUGCAGUGAAACUGUAAACAGUAACGGAUGCCAAAUUACAAGGUAGCUUGUUUUCUUGGAUAAUCUAAUUGCUUGUGUCAGUAAAAGAACCCUUCAAGGAAGAGUUUCUUAAACAUGAUUAAAGGUCGGUAAUGGAAAUUCUAGGCUUAUUUUCUUUAAAAAAGGGAGUUAUGAUGAAGGAAGGCAUGAAUGAAGGAAGCACCAAGGGACAGAGCUAGACUGAGGGGUGACUGGCUCCAGGCGCGUUGUGCAGGCUCAGGUACCCAGCAGAAGUGCUUCUUGCCCUCAUUUCUCUGUAGUCUUUGUGAUUAUGUAAGACAUAAACUUUUUUUUUUUGUCUCAAAACUUAAUACUUUUGACUUUUUCAGUGAGAUUUUUCAAGCCUAAAUUGUAUAGACUUUAAAAAUGAUUAUGAAAAUAAUAGUGGUAGAUUGAGAAAACCACUAAGGUUACUGUGUGGCUCUAUUCCUCUAUUAUCCUUGAUAUUCUCCAUGACAUUUGGGCAAGUCUUACAGAAAUGGAAAAGAGUUCACUGGGUUCGUCCACAUUUUUUGAGAGCAAUAUAAAUUAUUUUAUAAACUCGUAAGUUCUCACUUUUUUUUACUGUUCACUUUUGUUAGUGGGUAUUUGAUUCUCUAAGUAGGAAAAUGUACUUUUAUUUACCGGCCACUUUUUUCCAUAUUAAUCUUGCCCUGAGUUCCUAGGCAUCUCCUUUGAUCCCACAGAACUGGGUGCUGACAGGAGAUAAGAGCAGAAGGGCGGGCUGGAUCCCAGCCUGCCCCAGGGCCCGAGCCUCAGAGAAUGUCAGGACUGUGAUAAGCUAAGCCUAGACACAGAUCAGAAUCACAGCUGCGAGAGAGGCGAGCAGGGCCUCUGGAAAGCUUUAGUAGAAUUUAUUUUCCUGUUUUCCCCCUUUAAGCUACAUUAUUUAUGUCUCUUUCUUACAGACCCAAAUUCUUUGCUCUCAAAAUCUUGAAAAAUAGAACUAUAUAAGGUCAGACCACUUUUUCUUUUUUUUAAAUUUUUUCAGUUGUGGCACCAUGAUUGACAAUGCCUCUAAUGAAAGGGUUUCGUGCAUGUGCAUAUAAAGGUCCAACACCACACCCUCCACCUGAACGCCGCUUCCUCCCUUCCCCUAGGUUCUGUUCUACGGACUGUUCUGUAACUUUCAACUAUUAUUCCCUUCUUAUGUUUCUUUAUACAAAGGAGAGCUCAUUCAGUGUAAGGGAUCAGAACUCUCUUUCCCAUUUAUUAGGGGAAGGCGCUUGUGCCUUAGCACAGUUUGCCUGGACAAAGCCGCGUGCUGUUUUCCUAAGUGUAUUAUGACACCGGAGACAGAUGAAAUCAGAGACUAUGUUCAGGAUCCCUCCCACCCUGUGUGCUUAUCAAACCUUAGAGAAAGGCUAACAUAGGUGGUUUUUGACAUUAAAACUCUGACCAGAGUUAAGGUGCUCCACUUGCUGAAACCUGAAGACAGAUACGUGUUCUGUUCAUUGUACCCUUGCAUCCCAUUCCUGCAUCUUGCUGCCCCUCGAUGCUUAAGUGUUACUCUUUUCCUGCAGCUGCCCUUUUCUAACUGUCCCCAACCUGUAUUCCAACAGCCAGCCAGGACCCCCUGCCUGCCUCCUUGAGGUAAGGUACAAGCCCUUCCCCUGCAGUAAACUUGAGGAUUGCAAGUUCUGGUCUCUUCUAAGUUUCUAGUUUUUGAGAGCCAAUGAACCUGACAUCUGUAGUAUCUUUUAAUUUUUGAUAUUUAAUAAAUUUGCAAACCAAGCUAAGGACGGAACUAUUAUCUGACUUGACAGAGUAUUUUAUUUAAAGAAGAAAGCAAAAGCAAGUGUACUUAGGACUUUUGAGGUCUCAAUUAGCAGAAAAGUAUUGUACCUUUUUAAAACUUCAGCAUCCUACUCUUUGUUUAUAUAAAUUAUUUUCCUAAAGGUAAAUGUUUCCACCUCUUUCCACCUUAAUCAUGCCCUCUUCCUUUCCAGAUAAAUAGAUAACUAAAUAAAUUUCUCUACCCCUUCCUCCCCCUCAGUCUGCACUGAAAUUAUUUUUGUGGUGUAAUAUGAGAAGAUAGAAAACCAUAAUUAUGAAAAGUAUCUGUUACCUAAAGUGUCUCCUCAGCAUCUUUUUAAAACCGAGGAGAAUCUGACCGCUCUUAAGGAAUUAAAGAAACUUGGAAAUUAAAAGACAAGCAUAGGCCUGUCAUAAGUGAAAAGAGAAAAAAGCUUAAUAAAAACUUCUUGUUCAGUCUAUCUAGACACUUUACAGAUACUCACCACUUAUUUGUAUUACCUGACUGCAUUUUAUUUUUUGGUCUCUAAACCUACAUCACUUUGUUACAUGCUCAUUAAGUAUCAUCAUGGCCCCACCAUACAGAAAAUAAGAUAAUUGAUGAAUUUCCUAUUACUUUGAAGACAGUGACAUAUACUGUCUUAUUUUAAUCCCUAUGGAUCAACUAGUAUUGUAUAAAAUGAUUUUUGAUAGGUUUUUCUUAAUUUCAGUGAAAUAAUUAUGAAAUAAUAUGAAAUCUAGAAGAAAAACCAAGAAAUAAUUAUAAUUCUCAACAUGACUUUACUUGUGAAAUUUUUUUGGCUAUGUCAAAUAAAUGUAUCUGUGUGGAAUGUUGUAAGGAAUCAUACUUUGCAUCUACUCAGAAGAAUUGAAAAUGGUAUAUCUCUUCUACUUUAUGUGAAAAGAGAUUCAUUGUAAUAUGAUUUUUUCAAAUCAACAGAACCUAUUCUGUUGAUUCUGUGCAUUCUUCUCUGCAUUUCAUUUGUCAUAAAACCACUCCAGAGAUAAUCAAUCAAUGUUAUAUUUAUACUUUCUUGUUUAUUAUGUACUUCUCAGGGAAAAAUGAACAAAAAUAAUUAUUCCCUCAGUUUUAUUUCUUGAAAUAGUAACUUUAAUUUAAUAUAUUCUGACUGCACCAUUUCACAAGUGGCCCAUUCUUAGUACUUAAACUAAGCAUUUUUAUUGGAACUCAGGGCGAUUGGGAAAAUUUAGUUUCUAAAAUGGUCCAAUAAUAAAGGUUUAGUUGGCUUUAAAAAGAUCUACCACUACCACACUACAUUUGAUUUGAUAGUAACCUUUAUAUUAAUCCCCACCAUGUAAGACACUCACCAGAUUACCACAGGUAGCAGUUUAAGAAAAAAUGCAGAAAAAGAAUGGUUCUAAAAAGUGAAGGUAACUUCCAUGAAAGCACUAGCUAUCCUGAGAAGAGUCCUGGGUCAUCACCUGCCUUGAUGUUUACAGAGCCUUUAAGAGUGGGACAGAGCCUUAGUAAGCAAAAGGGUCAGUCCUGAAAAUGUAUGACCAGUCAUGCCUGUAAGGAAUGGAAGCUUUUAGCAGAAUCCAUAGGAGUCUGAGACACAGUCUCUUUAAUUACUUAAGUGUAAAAUCCCAGCACCUCAAAAGAGGCUGUUGACAGCAGAGGAACCCUUUGGACCUAUUACAUCAGAAGUGUGGCAGCUUUCCCAUGUCUUUCAGUCUGGCCUUUUAAAGCACUUAAAGGGGUCUUUCAUAAUGAAAUCAUUCCAUUGAAGAAAACCUACUUUCCUUUGUUUUUGUUUUUUUGCUUUUUGGUUUCUGUUUGUGCUGUAAAAUUGAAGUAGAUCUAUAUUAAGAAAUACUUUAAACAAAUUACCAAUUUUUCAAAAGGACAGGGUUUACUGCCAUAUAACUUCACAAAGAUUAUUUCAUUUAAAGAUACUUAAAAUGUGUUUAAUUUAGUUGCACCUUAUUUUAAGUUACAGGGAAAAUUACGAAACUUUGCCAUUAAAAUAAUAAAAUGUAUACUAUUUUAAUUAAAGGACUAGAUUAACUUAGGACAAAAGUCUUAUUUAAAACUCAUACCUUGUAAAUAUUUUAUUUAUAUAUUCAUGAACAACUGUGGACAUUUAUGCCUUUUUCUUAUAAACUUCAAAAGAGUAUUAGUUAAUUGGUUUUAAGAGUUCUACAUUAUAAUUGAAAGAAAACUUACUUAAGAGAAUAAUUUUUCUAGAAUAGUGUUCCUUUAUGCUGUGACUGCAAAAAUUUGUCCUGCAUUUUAGAUAUAAACCAGCACUGUAUAAAGUUUUCUUCAGCCACUAAUAGUCCAUCUAGCUGAAAUUGAAUACAUCAGAUUUAACACAGGGGCAGAAUUUUACACACUGUGAAAUGUAAUAUCUACUGUCCUGAGUACAUUUUAAAACUAUUACAUUUAAUAAGUGACUGAUCGUUUAUCCACUUAGGUUAGAUGUUGGAAGGGAAAGAUUCAGAAGGUUGGUGGGUCUCCCCAGUUGUUUUCUGCAGUGUCAUGUACUCAAAUCUAUAUUCAUGACAAAAGAAAUUUAGAAAUUUUCCAUGUUGAUAUUUUGUAGGAAUGCUCUUAUAAUCAAUGACUAUACUGCUUUUUUGAGGCUUUUAUUGUACAGAGGAUGCAGCCAAUUACAUUUGAAAUUGGUGGGCUGCACAAUAAUGUUUUUAUAUAUUUUAAGAUAGUAUUUAUUUUCAAGGCUUUUUUUUUUAACAUUAUGCAAACCCCAGGAAAGAACUGACAAGCUCUACAGGUAAAAGAUUCGGAGUACCUGAAACAGAGCCUAAAGACACAUUUAUAUGCUAAAUAAUUCAUUUUGCUUUUAAAACUGAUAAUAAUUGUCUUCUUUUAGUACAGCUUUUGUAAAUUAAAGAAAGCCAAGAUCGUAUGUUCUAUAAAUAAUGUUAUAAAGGUCCAUACAAACCAUUAUCUACAGCUUUCUCAGUGAUGAAUAGCCAUCUUUCCAGUUAUGUUUUAUUAAAUUUUGCUAGUAUUUAAAAAUAUGGAAAUGUAAUGAAAAAUCAGAAGUUACUAGUCACUUUCUUAGUUCAGAAUGGACUAAAUGAAAGGCUGCCUUUUACUGGAGUCCCAAGUGACUAUCCUGUUCAGUCUCUACUUGGGGGUAGCUUCUUUGAAAAAUAUAUUAGUUGGGGCUGGAGUGAUAGCACAGUGGGUAGGCGUUUGCCUUGCACGUGGCCGACCCGGGUUCGAUUCCCAGCAUCCCAUAUGGUCCUCUGAGCACCGCCAGAGGUGAUUCCUGAGUGCAGAGCCAGGAGUGGCCCCUGUGCAUCGCUGGGUGUGACCCAAAAAGAAAAAAAAAUUACAUUUGUUGAUAUGCCCUUCUGUUCUUUUCCAUUCAAGAAUAAAGGCAUAUAGAGAAUUUACCAAAGUUGAAAUAUGCCUAAAAAUUUUAAAGUGGUUUACCAGUGAAGUGCAUUUGUUCCUGAUUUUUUUUUAAUCACAGUGAGAAAAAGAGUUAAGCAUACAACAGGCAUAUGUUCCAAACCAGUCUUCUCUAUCUUUGUGACCUACUUCUCCAACCAGAAGGGGAAGAUAGAACGCAAUAGAAACAAGAGUAAAAAUCAUUCAGCUGAAACAAGAGAAUCCUUCUACAGACAGUGAAAAUGUGUGGUUUCAUUCCUGCCUUCCUUCAAGAGUUGUAUCUUGAUCUCUGCCUAGUUGAAUGUCCCCCAACAAGGGAGGAGGGACCCGACUCCAGCAGCCAGUAUUUACUGUACUCAUUUGCCUUCCCUGGGUGAAAAUAGAACGUGUUUUGUGCUUUUUGUUUUUAUUAUUCCAGAAUAUUUUUUUAAAGAAGUGUUAUUUUUCAGCAGAUCCAUAAAUUAGUUCUUGUUGUAUGGUAGAUUAAAACCACUGUCAGUUACACUGUGAUGUGAUGAUUUCAUAACCACUUGUUUCUAGUCUGUCCUGAGAGCUGCAUUUGUGGCUUAUUGCUGGGUUUUAAAAAUGUUUUUAACUUACAUAUAAAUGUUUUUUUUCUAAUUUGUGUGUCUUUAAACCUGAUUAAACAGUAGUUUAAAAAUAACCUGUGUUUGAUAAUUUCAGAGAAUUUUAUAUAUUUGUGUGUGUGUGUGUAUAUAUAUAUAUAUAUAUAUAUAUAUAUAUAUAUCACUGGUAAUACCAGGUCUCUCAUUAAAUUGACAGUGACUUUUAUUGAAGGAUUUAAAAUAUGGUAUUCUAAGGAAUUCAUUGGCUAAGUGAUUAAAAACUAAAACCAUUGUCAUACACUUUAUGGGUGAAGGGUUAUUGUUAUUGAGGUAACACAGCAUAUGGUAAUGUUUAUCUUUAUACUCUAGGUGUACAGUGUUACUAGGCCACAGCCACCACCAAAAUGCCUGAAUACCUUUAGCACUGCCCUUGGAAAGAUUAGUGCAUAGGAUCUUGUUUUCUCUUCUAUAUUCUAUUUAUGCAAUGGAAGAUGCUCCUUUUCCUCAGAACAGGCUUCCCCGGUGUAUCACUGGCCCCUUUUCAUAGUACUUAUGUCUACUUUUGCUUUCUGCAUUUGAGAAACAUAACCCUGGGACUCCCCCUAACUAGGAUUCUGCACCAUGAUUCUGUACUUAAAGAACUCUGGAGUGUACAUGUUGACUUCUGGAUGCUGUUGUGAGCAACUGUGGGGAAACAUUACCUUGUAUUGUCGUACACAGACAAUAGGCUGAACACAUGCCAACUCCAAUCUUGGUGUUUUCUCUCCAGAAGGUGUUAGACUAUCAGAGCAGAGUUAAAUGACUCCUCUUUGAUAUUCAGGGCCAUCCUGAAAUGGACUGUAGCCAAGAACAAUACAGAGACUGCCUUCAAACUGACACUCCCCAAAGCCCUUCAUCCUGAGAAGUGUGAUCUGAGGGACCCUGAUUCCUUUUCUGUAAAACAUCUGGAAGGACAGAUGAUUAAAGAUGUUCUAUUUUAUUUAGAAAAACAUUGUAAUAUAUUUUGUAGUUUUUUUCCUUCAGAGUCUGUUCCAGAAUCAUGUCAUGAAUUUCCAUUCAUGUUCUGAGUAAAAAAAAAUAAAUCACUGCUCUUAUUUUCAA